ACUUCUGAAGAACCAUAAAUGCUAGUGCACUAGGCCACCAAACAGCCACCGUAAACUCCGUUGUCACUUCUGAAGAACCAUAAAUGCUGGUGCACUGCUUCCGUUCGCUUCAACUUAUCAGCUACUAAAUAGUAUUUUUCUCUUACAACAAAUCACUUUUCAGCUGGCUUAUAAAUCCAGCCGAACGAAGCGCAAGGAUGGAGGGGAAGACGGAGCGAUGGAGGGAAAGACGGUGGUGCUGUACCCGGGCCUCGGCGUCGGCCACCUCUCGCCGAUGCUCGAGCUGUCCAAGGGGCUCCUCCGCCACGGCGGCGGCGCGGUCGACGUCGCCGUCGUGCUCGUUGAGUCGCCGUUCAAGGACCCCAGCUUCGCCGACACGGUCGCGCGCGCCAGGGCCUCCCACACGUCCGUCGCCUUCCACGUCCUCCCCUCGCCCCCGCCGGCCUCCGGUCCCAGCUCCGGCGACGCCGAGCACCCCGUGGUCGGGUUGAUCCGGUUCCUCCGCGCCACGAACGCGCCGCUCCGCGACCUCCUGCGCUCGCUGUCGUCCUCGGCGUCGCGCCCCGUCCGCGCGGUCGUGCUCGACAUGUUCUGCGCCCACGCGCUCGACGUCGCCGCGGACCUCGGCCUCCCCGCCUACUUCUUCUUCGCCACGGGCGCUGCCGCCCUCGCCGUCUUCCUCGCCCUGCCCGGCACGCGUGCCCGCGAGGGCAAACGCUUCGCGGACCUCGGCGACGCCGUGCUGCCGUUCGCGGGCGUGCCGCCGCUCAGGGCGUCGGAGCUGCCGCCGGUGCUCGCCGACGACGGCGCCAUGUGCGAGGCCGCCCUCCGCCUGGCCUCCCGGGUGCCGGAGGCCCGCGGGAUUCUCGUCAACUCCUUCGAGGCACUCGAGCCGCGUGCCGUGCGCGCGCUCAGGGACGGGCUGUGCGUCCCCGGCCGCCCCACGCCGCCGGUCUACUGCGUCGGGCCGCUCGUCUCGCCCGGCGGCGGCGAGAAGGAGCACGAGUGCCUCGAAUGGAUGGACGCGCAGCCGGACCGCAGCGUCGUGUUCCUCUGCUUCGGGAGCACGGGCGCGCCGCCGAAGCACCAGCUCGCGGAGAUCGCCGCCGGCCUGGAGAGCUCCGGGCAGAGGUUCCUCUGGGUCGUGCGCAGCCCUCCCGGCGCCGGCGGAUCGCCGGUGCCGGAGCCAGCCGACGACCUCGACGCGCUCCUCCCGGCAGGGUUCCGGGAGCGAACCAGGGACAGGGGCCUCGUCGUCGGGUCCUGGGCGCCGCAGGUGGAUGUGCUGCGCCACCGCGCGACCGGGGCGUUCCUGACGCACUGCGGGUGGAACUCGACGCUGGAGGGCGUCACGGCGGGGGUGCCGCUGCUGUGCUGGCCGCUGGCCGCGGAGCAGGGGCUGAACAAGGUGUUCAUCGUGGAGGAGAUGCGGCUCGGGGUGGAGAUGAGGAGGACGAGCCGCGCCGGGGACGUGGUGAAGGCCGAGGAGGUGGAAGCGAAGGUGAGGUGGGUGAUGGAGGGCUCCGACGACGGCGCGCGGGCGCUCAGGGACCGCGCGGCGGCGGCGAGGGACAGAGCGGCCGAGGCGCUCGCGGAUGGGGGCACGUCGCAGGCGGCUUUUCUUGAGUUCCUCAAGGACUUAGCCUCCGUUAAUGUUUGAAUUUAUUUUACUUUGGUUAUAAAUAACACAUGGAGAGUUCCUCGAGCAUAUAUAGCUGCUGUGCUGGCCGCUGUACGCGGAGAAGAAGAUGAUUGAAUGUUUUUACUCGUUACUUUCUUGAUCUUCAGAAAAUUUUUAUUUUCUA